CCAAACAUUGUGAAGUGAAACUGUGAAACAAAGCAGGACACAAACAAGAGAAAAAAUGGUGGAAACUCUAAGUAAAAUCCAUCAACUUCUUCUCCUCCACUCUCUCAUUUUCUUCUUAACACUCUCUCCUUCCACACAACAACAAGAACAAGAAACCCGCCACCACUGCAGCAAAAUCAACACCACAAACCUUUACCUCUCCCCAAUCUCAAACCAAUCAAUCCUCCCCCAAAAUCUCAUCACCUGCAGAUCUGGAAGACUCUACUUCGAAACCUCAGCCGGUCUCUUCCACGUCUCUUCCAUAGAUUACACAACCAAAACCCUAAUCCUCUCUCACUCCUCGGGAAGAGAGAAAGUGAAGAAACCGGGAGCAAGGGUUUCUUUGGAAGUGGAGGGUCACUUGCCGGAUUUGUGCAUCGCCUGCGAGAGACCAGACGGUAACUGUGGAGUCGCUCUCAGAUGUCUCUGCCAUCCUAAAGAAUGCAAAAACAAAGUUGUCAACUAUGCAACGAAGUCGCAGGCUUUAGAUGGUAACACUCGGCUUGUUCUACUUUUCUCCAUUGCUCUGUUUCUUAUCUCUUGAGUCGGCUCUCUGUUUUCAGUAUUUUAAUUUGUAUAUCACACUUGCUUAGCUUCGGAUUUUAUGUAUUUUGAUCGGUAUGACUAGCCUAUGCUUGUUUAAUCA